UUUGGUAUAUUGCAAAAUCCAAGAGUCGAAAUUACACAUGAAAUCAUUUGUAGUUGCAUUGAUGAUGAUUGUCAAGGAGUGAAAAAUGUGUUAUCAUGCAUUACACGUUUAUUACAAGCUCAAACAGAUGUAUUAAAGAAUGACAAUGAUCAGGAUGAAGAGCGAGAUAAUAAGCGUUAUAAGAAAAAAUAG